UUCCUUUCUGUCGCUAUCUUUCCGCGUACCUGUCGGUUUCGCCAACAUCCGCAACCAGAUGUUAUCGAGACCUCGAUGGCCAACAUGUGUCCGCGUCUCCACGGAGUUCUCGCGCGAGCCAUAAAAAGAGAGACCGGGACGAUCUGCACACCCCUUGUUCCCAUCGGAGCCGCGCGCGUCGAAGCAGACCUCAGCCGCAGUCUGCGCCUCUCUUGCCGUCAUGCUCAGCGUCGCUCUUUGUCUCGUCGUCGGGGCCCUUAUGGCGAAGAGUACGUCGGGGUCCCAAGAGGCCUGCGGUCGGCCCCCGAUCCCUCCGACCCUGGACGACGGGGACCGGAUCCUAGGGGGCAGCGAGGCCGUGCCCGGCAGCUGGCCCUGGCAGGUGGGCUUCCUCGACCACCCUUUCCUGGGAGGGGAGUUCUUCUGCUCCGGGGUGCUCAUCGAUGACCAGCACGUGGUCACGGCCUCCCACUGCGUCAGGUACCUGGAGAGCAAGGCGCUGUUCAACGUGCACCUGGGCUCCCACCAGAGGGAGAGCAGAGACAAGACCGAGGUGGUCGCCAAGGUGGCGCACAUCUGCGAGCACAGGCUCUCGUACAGGACAUACAAUGACAUCGCCAUUCUGCGGCUCAAAAAGAAGGUGAUCUUCAACGACUUCAUUCAGCCGGUGUGCCUUCCGGAACCUUCCCUCGAUGAUGACUUGCCUGCAAACACCACCGUGUACGCCACCGGCUGGGGCAAAACCACGUCCGACAUGGAAGGACCUCUGUCUGACGUGCUCAAGCAGCUUCAGACAGAGACCAUGGACCACGACGAGUGUCAAGGCUACCUCAAGCUCAAGUUGUUGGACUCUAUGCUUUGCACCAGGCACAGCUAUGGCUCCACCUGUCACGGGGACAGCGGCGGACCCCUGGUCAGGCAGACCGCGGACGGCGCCUGGGUGCUGGAGGGCGUGCUCGCCGGGGGUCCCCCGGUCUGCGGCGUCACGUCGACGCCCAUGCGGUUCACCAAGGUGUCCCGCUUCGUGCGCUGGAUCCAGGACUACCGCUCACGCAAGACUCGCGCCGCCCUCGAGAACUUCUGCAAGCCCAGAGCGGCCGAGUCCGGCGAUUGAAGACAGGGGACGUAAUCUUGUGUUCGUCGGAAGAAUAAAGAAACGUGAUUUGAAGGGUUUUGCUUGAAAA